GCAGAUCUGGCUUGGGGCAGACUUCCUGUUAAAGCACCACAGCUCCCUGAAAUGAGAUUUAUGCAAACUGGCUAAAAGCUGUGAUGAUGUCACAGCGCACUGAUAGACUCAAGGGCUAUCUCCCUUCUACAGACAUUUGAUAAAAUCAGGAACUUCAAAUACAACUUGGAAAGAAGUUCACCUCAGAACCUAUUAGGGCAAACUAUGAAAACUUGUUAGGGUUAUUCUCCUAUCCUGAGAUCCACCACUGCAAAGGGACUUCACGGAGUCCAAGGAUCUCACUUCUGUUCUUUUUUUUUCUUUUUUCUCCUCAUUGUUUUUGUUUGUUUCAUGUGAUUUUUCAAGUCAGUUAUCCUGGAUGUUUGAAAACUGAAUUAAGAAAAAUUCACUCUGAAAUUGGCUGAAUGUUGCAAGCUUGCAAAAUGGAAGGAUUUCCCCUCAUUCCCCCUCCCUCUGAAGAUAUGGUGUCCUAUGAGUCAGACCUCUACCGACAGCCCCAUGACUAUUACCAAUAUCUCAACAGUGAUGGAGAGAGUCAUGGUGAUCAUUACUGGGAAUAUCAUCCACACCACAUGCACAGUGAGUUUGAGACGUUCGGAGAUAACCACUUUACAGAACUGCAGAGUGUACAGCCUCCCCAGCUGCAGCAGCUCUACAGACACAUGGAGAUUGAACAAAUGCAUGUCUUGGAUUCUGCGAUCCCAACCACACAUAUUGGACUCAACCAUCAGGUUUCCUAUUUGCCCCGGAUGUGCCUACAGUACUCCUCUCCACCACAGCCCAGUUCUGAUGAGGAGGACAUAGAGAGGCAGAGCCCACCACUGGAGGUAUCAGAUGGGGAGACUGAUGGCGUGGACCCUGGGCCUGGAAUCAUGCAUGGUGAAACAGGCAGCAAGAAAAAGAUACGUCUGUAUCAGUUCCUUCUGGACCUUCUUCGCAGUGGAGACAUGAAGGACAGCAUCUGGUGGGUAGAUAAAGAAAAAGGUACUUUCCAGUUCUCCUCCAAACACAAAGAAGCAUUGGCACAUCGCUGGGGCAUACAGAAAGGCAAUCGCAAGAAAAUGACCUACCAGAAGAUGGCACGGGCUUUGAGAAACUAUGGCAAGACAGGGGAGGUCAAGAAGGUCAAGAAGAAGCUGACCUACCAGUUUAGUGGAGAGGUGAUGGGAAGGGGGGUCACUGAUAGGAAGCAUUAUCCUCAUUGAGGCCAUGGGACCCUAAGCAAGAAAAAUAUUAAGACCUCCUGGCUGAAAACCAGCAGAGGAGAUGGACGCGUCUUUCUCUUUGCUUCCUGUGCCCCCCUCUCUGCCUCUAAAGGGCCUUUACCAUCAGAUGUUUCUGGUACGAAUUCCCUUUUUCAGCAUCUGAGAAUCCUAAACAUGACAGAAUUCUUUGCUUCCAUCCUACAAGUUGGACAGAGUUGGGAAAUUUAAGCAAUGUACAAAUAUGUUAUUGUUGUGAAAGAUUUUUUUUGAUUGUAUUGUAACUAAAGAAUACAGCUGAUGAAGUUUUGCCUCCAAGGGUGGUGCUGUGUCAUUCACAGUGACACUGCAUUAGCUUACAGCUUUCAAACUAGCAUUAAUACAGGCUCUGCCGCAGCUCUCAAAGCUAGAGAGAAGUUUGCAGAUCUGAGAAUGAUACUGGUUCUUUUAAAUAGUAAUAACGUGUACAUAUUUAAUAAAAUUUGAUAUAAUUAAGUCCUAGUGUUUGCAUAAUAAAUGAUUACUUCACAAACAAAUCUCAUGUGCAUUCAAUCAUGCAGAUACAGCUCACAUUUGGUAUCUGAACAUAAAGCACACGGGGCUAUAGGGCUUUUUCCCUUUGCCCCUACUUUUACUUUAAAAUGUCAUCAAUGCUACCAAAUUAAGUACCAAAGAAAUAGGUGACAUUCAUUACUGUGCAAGAGGCUACAGUGCUAAAGUCGAUUUUAGAAUAUAUAGAUAUAUCUUUUUUUUUUCUGUGCAAAUGAAACCCUGCCAAUUGAAUAACUUCUAUUCACUUUUACCAAGAAUGGCAUUUAUAGCUCUAUCCGGUUUAGAACGUAAGAAUUAACCAUGCUCUUCUGUGGUUUCAGUCAUUUUCCUGCUCUUGUUCUUUCCUGUUGCUUGCUAAUCCACAGUGGUAUCUUGAUUUUAGCUUACGAACCUUUCUGGAAAAUGAGUUGUCUUUAAUCAUGUUUUUGCAGACUUCUGCCUCAAGAGGUUUUUAAGCUUUUAAUUGUGGAAUUUAAUCCCUACUGUAAAACAAUAGUAACUAAUAACAACUUCAUUGUACAAAUUACACUCAAAAUGCAAAAUAAAAGAGAAUUCAACACCCAA